AUGGAAGUACUUAAGGUAGAAAGUUAUUGGGAAAAUGAGAUUCAGGUAGAGUGUUUGAGGGUAGAUGAGUAUGUUGCAGAAAAACUAAGGGAGCCAAACAUAGGAAAAGUACCUUCCAUAGUUGUUGAUGCUGAUAUGAAAAGUAGCCGAACAAAAAUGAUGACAAAGGAUGAGUAUGAAAUUAACUUUAUGAUGAGGAGUCAGUUGUUGAUUUUGAUAGUGAUGGUGAGGUUUAGAGAAGCUGUGCAAAAUUAUGCUUUCAAUAAUGGCAAAGAAAUUAAAACACUUAAAAAUGACAAUAAGAGGGUGAUUGUUAACCGUACACAGGAGGGUUGUCUUUGGAGAAUAGGGUUGAGGAAAUCUUAUGUGGUUGCUAAAAGGUGGUCAACUGAAUUAAAAGACCACCCUGAUUGGAUGAUGAAAAAUUUCAACGAUAUGGUGUGUAGUCAGGAGGGAUUUUAUGUUAGUGAUUCACAAGCCUAUAGGGCUAUUUGGAAGGCAAAUAAACUAAGAGAAGGUAAGGAGGAAGAUAAUACCUUCAAGAGGAUUUGGAGUUGUUGUGCAGAAAUGUCAAGAACAAACCCCAAAACAACAUGUGUUGUGAAACUUAGUGAUUUAACUGAUGAAAGUGGCAAUCACAGAUUUAUGAGAAUUAUAUUUCCACUAGCAUAUGUUGUUGUGGAAGGGGAGAAAAAGGAGUCCCGGACUUGGUUUCUACAGCUUCAGAAGGAAGAUUUGGAUAUAACUGAGACAGUUGAGAAUGUAUACUGCUUCAUUAGUGAUAAACAAAAUGGAUUGAUUCCAACCUUUGAGAUUGUGCUACCUACUGUGGAGCAUCGAUUUUGUGUGAGACACCUUCAUGCAAAUAUGAAGGUGGCAGGUUUCCAAGGGAAGGCACUUAAGGAUUCUCUAUGGGCUUGUGCUAAGGCAACCAUUGUGAAUGCAUUCAAGGUUGCAUUAAGCAAACUUAGGGACUUAGAUGAAGAUGCAAAUCAAUGGCUUGGUGAUAAGAGUCCAACAGAGUGGUCUAGAUCCCACUUCUCUACAAACUCCCACUGUGACAUGUUGGUAAAUAACAUAUGUGAGCCUUGGAAUGCAUCUAUAUUGGAGGCAAGGGACAAGCCAAUUAUUGACUGCCUUGAAAUGCUUAGGAAAAUGUUGAUGGGCAAAUUCUUUAAGAAAAGACAGAAAACAUCAGACUGA